AUGUGUGGUGCCGUACUUGUGACCCAGUGUGUGUCUGCUGGAUGUGCAAGUAAAAAUUGUUAUAAGACCUCAUUAUCACAACUGAGAAAAUGUCAAUUUAGCACUUUUUUUGAAAAGCACAAUAAUGAAGAUAGUAAACUUUUUGAAUGUAAAGAAAUAAAUGAUUACAAUUAUGAGAAUAUAAUAAAAAAUAGAAAAACAUUUUUAGUUUAUGGAUAUGCUGAUUAUUCGUAUAGGUGUUUCACACAUUUUAAUAAAUUAAUAGAUGUAAGUAAUAAGCAUGUGGAAUUUAGUUCAGAUGAAAAAAUUCCCCUAUAUAAACUUAACAUCAGUAAAAACAAAUUAGUUGUUCAAAAUUUCCACAUUAAGUCAAUACCAAUAAUUCAAUUAAGACACAAAUGUAAGUUAGUGGAAGAGUUAUCAGGAAAUGAAUUAAAUGAUCAAAUAAAUUUAAGCAACAUGAUAAAACGGUCAUGUAGUUAUUUUGAUUCUAUUCUCGAUGUAAAAAAUAUAAUCGACUUUUUAAGUAGAGAGGAGGAACUCUCAAAUAGUGGAUAUUUAAAAUUUUUGAAUGAAGAAAAAUUCCAUAAUACAUUCAGUUCUUCAAAAAAGACAAAUGAUGAAGUAACAAGGUUAUUAUUAUCAUACCCCAAAAAAAUAACAAAUGAAGAGGCCCAUAUGGAAAAAACCUUAUCAGAAAAGGAAAAAAUUCUGCAUCCCCAAGAAAUGAAUAACAUGUCCCAAGAAGAUACACUAAAGAAUCUACAGUUGAAAUAUCAAUGUACAACAUACAUUAAUUUUAAAAAGCUGGAAUUAUUACUAAGUUGUGAGAAGAAGAAUGCAAAUCUUAUUAAAUACUUUUUAAACGAAAUAAUCCUUUAUCAUAACAGUUACUUAGAUAUAAGUGAGGAAUACAGCAAAAUAAUGGCCAAAGGAUUUCUGUAUCUUUUUGAUGAAGAAAAUAUAUCAUUUGAAUAUUUAAUUGAGCUGAAAAAUAAAUUGUUAGAAAAGGAAUAUCAAUCUCCCAUGAAUCUUAAAGGCAUCAAGUUGAUUAACUUCAACGAACCCGUCAUUACUUUUGACGAUUUUAAAAAUGUUCAUUUGAAGGGGUUGAAAAAAAUAGAUGAGUUUUUAUCCAAUGAAGAAGCAGACGCGCAAUCAGACGCUGAGACGAAUGCAGAAACAAACUUGGAAUCAAACUUGGAAUCAAACGCUGAGACGAAUGCAGAAACAAACUUGGAAUCAAACUUGGAAUCAAACGCUGAGACGAAUGUGGAAUCAAACUUGGAAUCAAACGCUGAGGCAAUAGCUUUUUCAAAAAAUACCAUUUUGCAAACAAAUUCAAAAGAACACAAAAGUGAUAAAAUGAAGAAUGUAACGAAAUCGAAAUAUCUAAGUAGAAUAUACAGGAUUUUGGCAGUAAAAUAUUUACAUAUAGAAGACUACGAUAGCACCUUCCAUUAUGCAUUGGAAUCAUAUAAAUUGACAUUUCCCCUGAAAAAUAUAGAAACAACUAAAUCAAAAGUCCUCAUUGAAAAUUUAAUUUUAUAUGUUGGAGCAUAUAACACAAGUGUUAUUAACUUUUUAACCAAUUUGCAAUUUUUAUAUACCAAUAAAAUAUUCAAAGUAGUUCGAUUUCCUCAUACGCGUGCAAUCAAAGGUGGAAGACCAAUGAUGAAAAGAGGAAAAUCUGGAAAAUGGUUAUGGCUAAGUCAAGAUUGGAAACCUAGAUGGUUAAAGAAGAAAUCCAAAUUGAUUUUGGAAGACGAGUGGAAAUGUGUUCCCGAUAAAAAUGUUCCUUUUUGGAAUUAA